AUGGUUUGGAUCAAUUGUUAUGGAUCAUCUAAUAAUUUAAUCACGAUAAACCAAAAUGCAGCAACAAUAGAUGCAUCGGAAACAAAUACUGAUGAUGAAAAUCGAACGAACAAUAAUCAACAAUCUACAAUCAAUAUUACACCAGAGAGUGCCGUAGUUUUGGCUUUAACUUUAGGCCAACUUGCUUACAAUCACAACAAAGCCUUUUCAGAGAAUAUAAACAAAAUGUGGACGGGUCUUACUAGUUUUAUUUCUAAUGGAGGCUCGGACACAAUCAAACAUGUAGCAUCUGGUGCCGAACCUGCUGCUGAAGUAUUUAUUACCAACAAGGAAAAUCUAGUUGCUAAAGCUGAAGCCGUAAAGUAUUUAUUGGAAAAGAGAAUGGGAUUAUUCUUUUCAUGGAAAAAUAUUUGUACGGUCACAAAGUGGUCUCUCAUUGUUGCAUCAUCUGCUCAAACAGUUAAAUUAUUGUAUGAGCUGUGGAUUUAUGAGGAUAUUUUCUAUCACUCUGCCGAACAAUUAGCUGGUUUCAAGAGGGAUCAAACAGAAAUUCACAAAAAGUUGGAUGAAAUGAUUUCCAUUCUUGAACAUAUGUCGAAUCUUAUCAUCACCCAAGAAAGAUUCACCCAAACAACCUCAAAAUCUCUCAUGCUGCUUGUUGACCAAUCUCUUUUGAACGACAGCUUUGAUAAAAAUUUCCUUGCACUUACCAACAAAUUCAAGAAAUUGCAAGAAUCUGUUCAGAAUGAAAUCGAGAAACUCAAUGAAGAAAUGAACACUCUCAAAAGUCAGAUUCAAAAGGACUCUGACUUCUUCAAAGGAAGCGUCGAAAGAUCAAAGACCAACAUGGUAGUUGGUGCCUCGUGCUUUGCACUAAGUACAAUUUCUACUCUCAUAUUUCCUCCACUAGCUCCAGUUAUGUUGGCUGGACAUGCAGGAGGUAUUAUUAGUGGUGCAGUUGCUGGAAUUAACUACGCCCUUUAUUACUACUCCAACUCCAAGAAAGAAAAAGCAGAAUACAGACUCAAAGAGGUCAUUAAAUUGCAGAGCCAAAUUGCCCAUAUUAGAAAUCAGUCGAUGGAACAUCUCAAUCUCUAUGAAGAACAAAAAGCAAAACUUGUUGAAUAUUUAAAAAAGCUAAGAGAGCAAGAACGAGCGAGUACCACUCCUACUAUCACUGAGGGACAGCCCGAGGAUACACCUCUUGAAGAACCUAUCAUCAAUCAACUUUUGGUACAAAUAGUAGAGUUUUAUAGUACCAACAACUUACUUUUUUGGUACAGAGUAAUGAGCGGUAUCAUGUUUAGUUUGUGGUUGACCUCACUCGUGAAAGAUGGGUUCACCAUCACUCACAAGACCUUAAUUACCCUCAUACUGUAUUGUAGUAUCAUGUUUACACUUAAUGUGGCGUACGACUUGACCGAGAAGCAACAAAUGACAUUUGGCAUUCACGUAAAUGCUUCUUCACAUUUGGCUAAAGUCACAAAAUCUGCCUACGAAGAACGAUACAAACAUGAAUGUAUUUGGUAUGAACUUCCAGUUAGUAAGCAAUUUGAGCUAGAAAUCAAAUCGUUGCUCCUUAGAUUAAUUCCUGGCUAUGGUGACCAAGCGAGCCAAUUAACUGCUAAAAACGCUACUGGCCACUUGAUUCACAAUUCUCGAUGUCUGCAUUACAUUCAAGUUCUCGAAAGCCACGAUGAGAAAGUUGUGUCACAUCUCAUCCAGACCAGUUCCCACUCUUCGUCUGGAGUUGAUAUUCAACAAAUCAAUAACCCUUCAGAAAUGGCUGGAGGGACAUAUCUUGAUUUUGCAUAUUCGAUUGUAAUGAAAGGUUUCAAAGCAGUUGUGGAUGGAUUAGAAUUGUUUUCUACAAGAACUAGUUUUAUUACCAAGAUUUGGUGUUCAGCAGUCGUGGCUCUAGUGAUAUUGGCUUUGGUUAAGAAAAUUGUGUUCUGUUGUUAA